CCAGCAGCCCGGGCCGCCGCCGCUGCCCCGCGCCCGGCGCUCCAGUACGCGCGGGGCAGCCGGGGGCGCGGGCGGCGAGCGCAGGGCCGAGCGGCAGGGAGUGGACGGAAGGGGAAAAAGCCGGGCGGCGUGGGAGACAGCCGGGAGCAGAGGCGGGCGCCGCACACCCCGCGCCCCGCGCCCCGCGCGCUCGCUGCCUCUGGAGACGCGCGGGCCGCCACCGGGCGCACUAGCGGGUCACCUUGUCCGGGAGGAGAAAUGGGCCCCGUGAGGCAAGCGUGACCCUCAAGUCCAGCCCGCCAGCCCGACGCCCGGCCGGGAGGACAGCGCCAUGGCUGGAGUCGUGGAGCAGAAGAGCGGGCUGGUGCACGGCAAGCUCGGCGAGGCCGGCAAGAGGAAUGGUCUGAUCAACACCAGAAGCCUCGUGUCUGAGAGCAGGGAUGGCCUGGUGUCCGUGUACCCGGCACCCCAGUACCAGAGCUGCCGGAUGGUGGGCAACGCGGCACCGGCCGCCCCGGACGGCAGCAGGAACAAGCCGGUCCAGCAGCUGCUGGACCCCAACACCCUCCAGCAGUCGGUGGAGUCCCUCUACCGGCCCAACAUCAUCCUCUACUCGGAGGGCGUGCUGCACCCCUGGGGGGACAGCGUGGCGGCCGACUGCUGUGAGACCACUUUCAUCGAGGACCGGUCGCCCGCCAAGGAGAGCCUGGAGUACCCCGACAGCAAGUUCCUCGACCUCUCACCCGAAGACAUCAAGAUCCACACGCUCUCCUACGACGUGGAGGAGGAGGGGUUCCAGGAGCUGGAGAGCGACUACUCCAGUGACACAGAGAGCGAGGACAACUUCCUCGUGAUGCCCCCGCGGGACCACCUGGGCCUUAGCGUCUUCUCCAUGCUCUGCUGCUUCUGGCCCCUGGGCAUCGCCGCCUUCUACCUGUCCCACGAGAUGGUGUCCCCAGAAGACCCGAGGCCCAGAGCCCAGCGCCCCGUGUCAGCUGCGCCCUGAGCCUGGGUUAACGCGCUGCAAACAGGCAAGAGGGUUUCUCCAGGAGAAGGAAGCUCAGGAGGACAGAGCCCAGAGAACCAGGGCCCAAGUGUAACGUCAGCCUCCCCCUGCAUCCCAGUCUUGACACAUCGAGGGGUGAAGGGGGCAGCCCACUCCCAGCCUCCCAGCCUGGCCUACUGACAAACCCCAUCACCCCCAGGGCGUGCCCUCCAAGCCAGAGCUGUGUUCUGAUUGCCAAGUUGUAGAACAUGACUAAUAUUUUUACCACGGAUUCCACAGGGCAGAUGCUCCCUGUUCAGAGAGAUGCAAGUGGACAUUGGUAUCACUUGUCACCUGCCGGCAGAGGCCAGGUGAGGCCUGUAUAAGCGGGGGCUGGGUGUGGGGGGUGCCCAGGAAAGGUUGUCUACAAGCCGGGAUGCAGAAGUCAUCCCUGGUCUUGGCUUCUCCACGUACCCUGGGGGAGGCCUGUCUCUGGGGCAGGGCAAGCCGUGCACAGCAUCCUUGUCUAAAAUAUGGUAAAUAUAAUAAAAAUCCAGCCACAGUAGAGGAGUCUGGCACGAGGUCCUUCUUCUCAGAAAGUAACGUUACCCUUCACACCUUAAGAACCUUCUAGACUCGGGCCUGAUGAGUCAGGAUGUUUAAUACGUUUGAUGGGAAAGGAUUCUGAUCAUCUGUUAACGGCAAGUGAAACAGUCUCCGUGGAGGCCGCUGGUCACAUUCUCAGGGGUGAAGAGCCAGCAUUUUGAGGCCUGCGGGGUUGCCUUUGCUGUUGGAAUAAGAGAAGGGGCUCUGGGGUCCCCGGCUCUCAGCCCCUCUUUUUCUUGUGCUGUGAGCGUGGACCCCUCGGUGGACACAUCUCCACGGGAACUCGCGGCUGAGACCCUGGCAGGCGCGUGCCUUCAGGGUCAGCGUGGUUCUGGACUGCACUGCAGGCCCAGGAGACUGGCAGCCCCUGGCACAUGGUGCUUCAGCCCAGCCUUGAGCCCGCCAGGCCUUCUGUUCGGGCCUCUUCAGCCUGACUGUAGACAAAGGAAACCGGAAUUGUCGGCACACACGUGGGUCCCCAGGUCAAGGGACACCUGGAAGGAGACGUGGGAUCUUUUCUCCAACAGAUUUUAUGAUUCGCAAAAGGCCUCAAGUAGCAGUAACAGUGGUGGUAAAAGUGUCAGAGAGGUGGGCAUCACAGGCACCUCUGGGCCCUGGCCUGCGUUGAACACCGCACACCUGCCUUCUUGGGUGGCCCUGGCCAGCAGUGUCGACACCCCCAGCUCAGUUAGAAAGGCGAGUUGUCUGGCCCACCAACCCGCUACAUCAGAGCCACUGGGGGGUGGGGAGGGGGCGUGGAAACGGCUUUGGAAAAGCCCUCCCCCCGCUCCUGAUGCUGCCGUAGUCUGAGCAGUUGCACACGCGUGAUCUCAUGGGAAGUCCGUGACAGGGCACUGCCAUCACGUCACUUUGUGGCCAUGGGAUCAGGGGUCAGUGAGGGCGAUGGCAUCCUAAGGCCAGACCUGCUGGCGGUGGGGCUGGCCCCCGGCCUUAGUGUGGAGGCCUGAGGGCAGCGUUUGUCCACAGCUUCAUUUUACUCCAGUGCUAAUCAUUUGACCCAGCUCCCAAUGCAGGCAAGUUUUAUACACUUUUUAUAGAGGAAGGUGUUGUGUGUGGUUUUGGUGGGCCCACCCAGAAAACGAUGCUCUGAACGAUGUGGAAGAUAGAAAGGACCCCAGAUUUGCUGCGCGAUGGCUGUGAGCUAGUUGAUGUGCCCACUUUAUCUUAUUUAAUCUUGGCAAUGAGUCUGAAGGUGGGAAUUUAUUAUCCCCAUUUUUAUGGACGAAAAGACUGAAGUUUCAAGGGAUUAAAUAACACAGAAAUCAGAGAGGUAGCAAGUAUGGAUACAUGAUGCAAAUAUCAAUGCUUCUAACACUUAAAAUCAAAUUUCCUGCAACAUAAAUUUGACUUUUAUCUGCAAACAAAAAUAGAAAAGCACGGUUCUCGCUUCUAAAUCUUGUCCCCACCUGCUUGGAGCGUGUUACAGUGAGGAAGAGAAGCCUUCUAGACGGGAUCGGGCGCUUACCUGGGCACCUUCACCAGCGGGGCAGGUGUGAGCUUGAGACUGGAGCUGGAAGACACUCCCCGACUCCCCAGCCCACAUCCGCUGCCCCGAGGCCCUGGGUCUGGAGCUCCCGCUGGCGGGAGGCCUGAGGGCUCCGUGCACUACGUCGGCCUCAGGCAUCUUCUACAUUUGAGCAUCUAUUAUGUCUUGAUUUCACUUCCUAAAAUGUUUCUUUCCUUUCUUAACUGCAUUAUUAUAACUAUAAUUAAAUGAGAAAAGGGAAUUAAGCGUCAGAUUAUGAAUUUUAUGAAUAGCACCAGCGUUUCAAAGUAUGCUUUAGUAUUUCCUAAAGGGUCUGUAGCUGUCUUCUGCAGAAGGAUCACUAGUGGUAUCGUUAGAAGAAGAAAUCUCUAUUUCUUCUACAGGGACCGUGUUCCUCUCACAACAGGAAUGUUUCUUAAUUAGAAAAUUGAAGGCUGGCUUGAGGAACUUAGAUUUUCUGUCACUUGAAUUCCCGUUCCUUCCAGCGCUGACAGGAACUCACCCUGGCUCUUUGCGUGAGUGGCCUAGUGCAAUGGGACAAAGAGAACAAAGCCCAUGGGAGCCUUAUUCAGACUCAGAAGUGGCAUCGCCUCGUGAAUAAAGGAUGGAAAGCCCCGGGCCUGGCCCUUCGCGGGGCUCGCCGAGUCCCGGCUGCGCGUGUGUCUGAUGCAGAGACCUGCACACCCGUGCUCUGUUCAGUCAUUUCGUAAAGACGAACCAUGUGGCUUAUAAACGUGGCAUCUCUUGAGGGUGUCCAGACCCAGCUGGGAGGAGUCACCACGACUCAAUAUCGAGUCAAGCUGCUAAAUGCUCUGGGCACGCGCCAUACGCAGGUCGGUGAGCAGCCAGCACGAACCCCUCCUCCUCUGGGCACCCUGGAGACAGUGCCGAGCUCCCUCCUCUGAGCUGCCCACCAAGGAGGGGCUGCCACCAGUCGUAGGCUGAAGGCUCCCCCCAGGAGGAAGCAACAGAGACAGAGGUGACCUGGGGGGCCAGGGAAGACAGGGCAGGGCCGGAGAGUCUUGAACGCAAACUGGAGUCUGUCUAUUAGCUGAGCGUUUUAAGCCAGAGAAUAAGGGCGGGAAAUACAACAGCAUAAAGGGUGGUCAGAGGACACGGCACGGAAGCAGCAUGCUCUGGAAUAGAGUCAACUCAGAGCAGAAAAGCCUUUCACGAGGAAGCAAGCAGACACGUGUGUCAGGCACUGCGGGGCCUCUGUGGAUUUCUGGUGCGCAGCCUUGGGGUCGCAUGAGACAGAUGCAGCGAGCGAGACGGGCCGUUCACCUCCCUCCGCCCUCCCAUCCGCCCUCCCAUCCGCCAGGAGCUUAGUUACAACAAAGCCUUGAGUGGCAGAUGCCUCAGAUGCUUUUAGGAGCUGUCACCUGUCCAUCUCUAACCAUUCAUCUCACCAGAGAGACCGGCAUUUCCACGUUCUCUUACCUAAACCUUGUCACAAACAGACAGAUUUUGGAAAUGCUCAUUUUUUUUUCAAAGUUGUGUGCUUAGAACAGAUGCAUUACAUAAAACUGGACCCCGUGUCCUCCACACACUGAGU